GGAGUGAUAAUUUUUCACUUUUUAAUUACUCUCCCAGUUUUAUUGUUCACUUUUUUUUGUUUUCCAUAUUUUAUUGAUUUCGUAACAUACUGGUGAUGGUGUCUACAAUAUCUUCAUUUUUUAGAGGCAAACAGCGCAUUAUCCUUAUCGGAUUAGCCCUGACAACACUACUUGUAUUUCUGUUUCAAUUCUCGGAUGAUCAGCUAAAGCUAUCUUCAAUAUCAGAUAGUGGUUGUAUUAUUGCAGCCCACUCAACCAGUAACACAAGCACAUCAACGCCAAGAAAAUAUAAUUAUUCGAACUUAAAUAACUUAAACUCAACAACACAUGGUAGACAGGCAAAAGAACGCAUCCUUGUGUUGACACUGCUUCAAAACGACCAAGAUUACCUCGAUAAUUACUUUGAUCUAUUAGAUAUCUCCACCUAUCCAAACAAACUCAUCUCUAUUGGCUUACUAGUGUCUGAUUCUUCAGACAACACACUACAAAAACUAUCUGAAAAGGUCCAAAUUCUUCAAACUCGUUGGAGACAUAAAUUCCAUGAAAUCGAUAUAUUUCAAAGAGAUUUUGAAAUUGAUAAGAGACCAGAUGACAUUACACUUGUACUUGAUUCUAAAAGAGCAGCACUAGCAAAAGCAAAAAACUUUUUACUGGCAGCAGCAUUAAAGGAAUAUCAUAGCUGGGUUGUCUGGAUUGACGUCAAAUUGCAUUCUUACCCAGCCACUAUAUUUUCGGAUUUAAUGUUGGCAGAUGCAGAUGUUGUUGUUCCCAAUUGUCUGCAAUAUCGUGAAGAUAAUGAAUUUUGGGCUUUUGAUAGAAAUAAUUGGCAAGAAAGUGAUUUGUCUUUAAAGAAGCAACAAGACUUGGAUCAAAAUGAAAUACUAAUGGAAGAUUACAAUGAAUUUGCCAUGGGUCGUCAUCUGCUUGUAGAUAUGCCUUCUCACAAUGGCUUAAACUAUAAGGUACCAUUAGAUGGUGUAGGAACAACAUUUACCAUGGUGAAGGCAACAGUUCACCGAGAAGGCGCUAUAUUCCCACCAUUUAUAUAUCAACAUCAUCUGGAUAACGAAGGCUUUGCAAAAAUGGUCAAAUCAAUGGGCUUCACUAUCUAUGGUAUCCCAGGCUAUAGCAUUUAUCAUUUUUAGGAACUCCUUAAUUUGUGUGUAUUUGUGAAAUAAAACAAUUAGAGCUUUAAGCAUUUUAAGCCCCUCAACAUAAA